AUGUCACUUGAUGUUAUUCGAUUUCUUCAUAACUCAAUCGUUACUCGAUAUCUUCAACAGAUUUUGGACAAGGGCCAGCUGCAGGUCAGCAACCACGAGCGCGCACACAACCUAGAAAACGAGUACUUGGAGAUCGCUACCACCGUGGCAGAGAUGUGUGUCAACCCAGAGACCAAUAGGCCGUAUCCGUAUACCGUAAUCCAAACCGCUAUGAAGGACGCACACUUCUCGGUCAAGCCCAAUCGCAACGUAAAACAACAG